AUGAAGUCGGUAGAUAAAGCAAGAGUUACCGAGCUGUUACCGCACAAAUCCAGUUUGUAUUCGACAUAUCGCUAUUAAAUUACAAUUAUUUACAGUCUGAGGCCUUUUACGUUCGUGUCAGCCCAGACACACCGCUGAUAAAGCGAACUUUGGUGGAGUUUGGCCGUUUUCAUUAUGGAGGAGAGGAAGGAAGAGAAUGAGGCAAAGAUUCAGGAACACGGACCCGAACAUUGGUUCUCAAAUUGGGAAAGACAGUGCUUAGCAGACGCCGAACACGGAGAACCGAGCGAAGAGGAGGUCGAUCAAAACCGAGAAAAACUCUGGCAUCUCUUUCAGAAUUCAGCCACUGCGGUGGCGCAGCUUUAUAAAGAUCGUGUUUGCCAUCAGCAGGGAUUGUCGCUGUGGGUACCCUUUCAGAACGCUGCAACAGCAGUUACUAAUCUUUACAAAGAGAGUGUUGAUGCACAUCAGAGGAGUUAUGAUCUAGGGAUUCAGACAGGUCACCAGAGGCGCAACAAGGAUGUCCUGGCUUGGGUCAAAAAACGAAGGAGGACCAUCCGAAGAGAGGACUUAAUUAGCUUUCUAUGUGGCAAAGCGCCGCCACCAAGGGUUUCAAGAGCUACACCUAAACUUUCGCCUAACCGGCCACCAUCAUCAGACACAGUUUCUUCUGUGGAAACUGAUUUGCAGCCGUUUCGGGAAGCCAUAGCACUGCACGGUUUAAGUGGUGCUAUGGCCAGCAUUAGCGUUCGAUCAGGCACCCCAGGCUCACCCACUCACGUCAGCGGCAGUUCGAACCCGAGCCGCAGAAGAAACGGCCUGCACGACGUCGACCUGAACACUUUCAUAGCAGAAGAGAUGGCACUGCACCUUGAAAAUAGUGCCACCAGGAAGCGGACAAGCGCCCAGUGCAGCGAUGUCAUCACGGACUCGCCGACCCAUAAACGCAACAGGACGAUCUGAGCUCGUGAACGCACCAUGCUGCUUAAUAAUAAAAGCCACUUAAUCCUCAAUAA